AUGUCUGCCGCGGUGGAUUUGAUGCGCGAUUUCGAAGACUCCGAUGAGGAACCCCAGAUCGAUGAGGGUCUCGGAGGUCUCGGGGGCGAUCAAGACCAUAUUCAUAAUCAAGAGCAAGGCCUGAAGCAAGACUUGGAUCAUGACCAGGACUAUGAUAUGGGUCAAGGUUUAGAGCACGAUUUCGAGCAAGGUGUUGAUCAGGAUAUGGAUCGAGACGAAGCAGCGCAGCAGGAAGAAGCAAAGGAACCAGCAAAAGGAUCAGCCUUCCACGACGGAAACAACUUCGAGCAAUCCGUCUCCAUUAUUGAUCAACUCACGGAACAACACAAAAUUUUACGCGACUACUACUCUAUCAAAUUCCCCGAGCUAGAAAACCUCGUCACAAAUGCUGUCACGUACGCCCAAGUCGCCGCCAUCAUCAAAAAUGCCGAUCUUGAAGACAUCAAGAGUAUCGCCGACUCGUCGGAUAAUAUGAUUGGUGUCCCGCUGAAGAAAAUUCUGGGCGGCGCAACGCUCAUGGUUGUUGCCAUUGAAGGAACGACCAGCAAAGGUCGCAAUUUGACCGAAGCUGAACUCAAGGUCGUCCUAGAGACAUGCGAGAAGAUCCUUGCUCUAGACCGCGCGCGGACCGCUUUGACAGAGAAUAUCGAGGAAGGCGUAUUCGAUCUCGCGCCUAACCUUGCUACGCUCAUUGGCCCUCACACAGCGGCACAAUUUCUCAACCAAUCUGGUGGAUUACGCAAGCUUUCUCAGAUCCCAGCGUGCAACCUGGGUGCUCAAGGCGCCUCCCGACGACAAGAGGGAUUGGGUCUUGCUACCAACCACGGCGUGCGAUCCCAGGGAUUCCUGUACGAGUCGGAUUUCAUUCAUCAAGUCCCGCUGCACCUCAAAAAGCAAGCCAUUCGCAUUGUCUCCGCAAAGAUGGUCCUAGCGGCUCGUGCCGAUGUAUCCAAAUACGCCACCGAUGGCUCCCUGGGCGAAGACCUGAAGCAACAGUGCCAGAAACGAAUCGACAAGCUCCAAGAGGCUGCUCCCAACUCUGGCAUUAAAGCACUGCCCGCCCCGGACGACAAGCCAUCCCGGAAACGUGGUGGUCGCCGAGCACGAGCGGCCAAGGAUGCGGUCGCUAUGACCGAGCUACGAAAGGCACAGAACCGUAUGGCCUUCGGGAAGGAGGAAACAGAGGUGGGUUUCGGCACUGGAGAUUCCACAAUUGGGAUGGGCAUGUUGGGUCAGCAAUCGGAUGGGCGCAUUCGCGGCAUCCAAAUCGACCAACGAACCCGAGCCAAACUCAGCAAGAACAACAAGGGCUGGGGUGCGAACACUCCGGUCGAUACUGCUGCAGCCACUUUCGGCUCACUUGGCCAGACCGGUACUGUCAGCACCCUUCAGGCGAGAGGUCUGCGAGUCGCGGGUGUCAAUGGUCCCUUGCCGGGUACUUCGACGGGCACCGCCAGUUCAGUUGGGUCUAAUGGACUGGAUGUGAUUGACCCGAAGGUACAGGCUGAGCUCACCCGAAAGCGCAAGGCCGAAGAGCGGCGUUGGUUCAACUCCGGGACUUUUACUGGUGGAGGUCAAAGCAGCAUGGAGCCGGGCAAGGAGAAGGAUGGAUUCAAGGUCCCCGCACUGCCUCCCCGGAAAAGACUCGACACUGGGAAAGGCAAGAUGGAUCCGCCAGCGAAGCCAUAG